AUGGUUCUAGCUCACAAAUUAUCUAAAGAGGAUAGUCCUGCUCUUUCGAUCAUAAAGUCCAAGAAACGUGCUAUUGUUUGCAAAUCCGAGUUUAGAGGCGAGUAUCAAGCUCUUACUCAAGCCACUUCGAAGAGACGCAAAAAGGAUAGCAUGAGGAUGGAGGAAGAAACGGAAAAAGUGGAUGCAGAAACAGAAAGAACUUUUUUGUGGAUCGUGUAUAUACUUACCUAUUGGAGGAGGUACCCAAAUCGACACCCCUUGAUUGCGGGUAAAGGUGAAGUGGAAGGUUCAACAGACCUCGAUUACACUGAAAAAGCCCAGAUUCAUAAGUCGAGAGAGUUUGAUCAUGAAAGUUUUCCUGACCUUCUCAAAA